GAAAAAGAAGAGUCCCAAAUUCCAACUACAUUCCUCAGGGAAGCCAAAGUGGCCUUCUAAGCCAAAUUUUUUUUAAAAAACCCUUUUUUCUCUCUUAAAGAAAAUAAAAACUAUCAACCUCAACAUCCAAUCCUAAAGUUAAACUCUUGAGUUUCAGAUCAAGACAAACUUUAGAUCUUUUCUUAUUCUUUUUUCUUUUUCAUUUUGGUUAAUUUUUUGACACAAACGAGGUAAGCACAAGAAGAAGAAGAUAGAUUUUGAGUUCAAAUCAGAUUAGUUGAGAAGACAGAAGAAGAUAAGAAAAGAGAAAAGGAGUGACUUUUGUUUUUGAUGCAUGGUGAAGAAGAAGAAGAAGAAUAGUGAGUGAGAGAAGAAAGACCCAUUUUUUUUCAUUUUUCAGACAGAGAGUACUUUAAGAAAUGGGUUGUUGUCAGUCAAGAAUAGAUAGCAAAGAGAUAGUGUCUCGUUGUAAAGCAAGGAAGAGAUACUUGAAACAUCUUGUUAAAGCUAGACAAACUCUCUCUGUUUCUCACGCGCUUUAUCUCCGUUCUCUACGCGCCGUCGGCUCUUCCCUUGUUCACUUCUCUUCCAAAGAAACUCCUCUUCACCUCCACCACAACCCUCCGUCCCCAUCUCCUCCUCCUCCUCCGCCGCCGCGUCCUCCUCCUCCUCCUCUAAGCCCUGGCUCCGAAACUACCACAUGGACCACCACCACCACUUCCUCUGCUCUUCCGCCUCCUCCUCCUCCGCCACCUCCACCUCCUCCGCCUUCUUCUACAUGGGACUUCUGGGAUCCGUUUAUACCGCCGCCUCCUUCUUCCUCCGAGGAAGAGUGGGAGGAGGAAACAACCACCGCAACAAGAACCGCAACAGGAACCGGAACUGGCUCUGACGCUGCUGUGACGACGGCUCCGACGACAGCUACUCCUCAAGCUUCGUCUGUAGUGAGUGGAUUCUCUAAAGAUACAAUGACGACGACGACGACGGGAAGUGAGUUAGCAGUUGUGGUGUCGAGGAAUGGUAAAGAUCUUAUGGAGAUUAUCAAAGAAGUCGAUGAAUAUUUUCUUAAAGCUGCAGAUUCUGGUGCACCUCUCUCUUCUCUCCUUGAAAUCUCAACCUCUAUCACUGACUUUACCAAAUCAGGUAACAAUCAAGCUCUUCUUCGUAAUGAUUACUACAGGUGCCUGAGUGAUUUUGAUUUGUGUCUGUCUUCAGGGAAAAUGUAUAGUAACUACGAAUGUAAUCUGAAUCCGACGUCGUUUUGGACAAGAGCAUUUGCUCUUCCUAAGUUGAAUGAAUACAGCAACGCAGGAGGAGUAAUUGGAGGGAAUUGCAUUGUUGGUAGCCAUUCCUCUACAGUGGAUAGACUCUAUGCUUGGGAGAAGAAGCUUUAUCAGGAGGUCAAGAAUGCAGAGAGCAUAAAGAUGGAGCAUGAGAAGAAAGUGGAGCAAGUGAGGAGGCUUGAGAUGAAGAGAGCUGAGUAUGUCAAGACUGAGAAGGCUAAGAAAGACGUCGAGAAGUUAGAAUCUCAGCUCUCAGUAUCUUCACAAGCCAUCCAGAGCGCUUCUAACGAGAUCAUCAAGCUCAGAGAGACCGAGCUUUAUCCUCAGCUCGUAGAGCUUGUUAAAGGGCUGAUGUGCAUGUGGAGGAGUAUGUACGAGAGCCACCAGGUUCAAACCCAUAUUGUUCAGCAGCUUAAGUACCUUAACACCAUCCCCUCCACUGAACCCACAUCCGAGCUUCACCGACAAUCAACUCUUCAGCUUGAGCUCGAGGUCCAACAAUGGCAUCACUCUUUCUGCAACUUGGUCAAAGCUCAGCGUGACUACAUCCAAUCUCUCACGGGUUGGCUCAGGUUAAGUCUGUUCCAGUUCAGCAAGAAUCCGCUUGUUAGGAGUAGCUACGAGUCAAAAAUCUACAGUUUCUGCGAGGAAUGGCAUUUGGCUAUUGAUCGGAUCCCUGAUAAAGUAGCAUCUGAAGGGAUCAAAAGCUUUUUAACCGCAGUCCAUGGAAUUGUGGCUCAACAAGCGGACGAGCAUAAGCAGAAGAAGAGAACAGAAUCCAUGUUAAAAGAUUUUGAGAAGAAAUCGGCUGCGCUGAGAGCGCUGGAGAGCAAGUAUAGUCCAUACUCGGUGCCUGAGAGCAGGAAAAAGAACCCGGUGAUAGAGAAGAGAGUAAAGGUUGAGAUGCUAAAAGGAAAAGCAGAAGAAGAGAAAAGUAAGCAUGAGAAGUCAGUGAGCGUGACUAGAGCCAUGACGCUAAAUAACUUGCAGAUGGGAUUCCCUCAUGUGUUUCAGGCAAUGGUUGGGUUUUCAAGUGUGUGUAUGCAAGCCUUUGAGUCUGUGUACAACCAAGCUAAGAGCAUCGGUGAGGAUCAAGAGGAGGUCAAGAGGUUGCUUCCUUAAGGAGAGAAAGACAAAUCAAACAAAUUGUUUCACCAUGUUUUUGCUUUGAUCCUAGCCAAAUCUUUUGGUAAAAUGUUAGGUUGAGUUUAUGCUAUUUUCGAAAAUGAAAUUGGUUAAAGACUUUUCAUUGAA